GUGGAAGAGGAUUCAACACCUCAAAGCUCAGGUCACAUGACAGAUUUGUGUAGUGAUGACGCAGACAACUCUCCUCCUCUUCAGCUUCACACGCUCAAGCAGUUUGAACAGCACCUGAAUGACCUGAAGAAGGAGAACUUCAGCCUCAAGCUCCGCAUCUACUUCCUGGAGGAGAGGAUUCAGCAGAAGUACACAGAGAGCAAUGAAGACGUGUACCGCACGAACAUUGAGCUGAAAGUGGAAGUAGAGAGCUUGAAGAAGGAGCUCCAAGAAAAACAAGAACUUCUGGACAAAGCCCUCACAACAGCUGAGAGUUUGACCAACAACAAUGAGGCUGAGCUGCAGAGACGAUGUCAGGAGAGACAGCAGGAAAUUGACCACAUGCAGCAGGUGUUGGAGACCAAGAUUCAGCUCCUGCAGGAGGAGGCCCAGCUAGCUCGUAGCGAGGCUGAGAGGAUGGCCUCACUGGUCGGAUCCCACUCCCACACUUCCCUCGUUUCACUGGACGCUGCCAUGGAGGAGAUCCCUGAGGAUGAGAGACCUCCACACCUCCUGUCCCCGACCAACACCAGCAAAGACAGGCUAAUCGAGGAACUGAGUAAAGAGCUUCGCUCCAAGGAGGCCUUCACCAUGGAGCUCUGUGAAGAGAAGGAAACACUCACACUCAGGGUUGGAGAGCUGGAGGACCAGGUUCAAGACUUGUCUUCAUCUCUGCUACAGAAGGACAAGGACGUUGAGUUUUAUCAAGAGGAACUGAGUCAGGAGAGGCUGCGAAUUGAACAGGAGAUGCAGAAACUUGUCGAAGAGCAGCAGAGCCAACUCAACCAGUACGAGUGCGCGGCCGGCCAGUGUGUCGGUGAGCUGCAGAAGGCUCAGCUCCAGGUUCAGUCCCUGCAGGCUAAGAUCCAGGAGAGCGAGGCCAACAAUAUGAAGCUGCAGGAGAAACUGAAUGAGAUGGAGUGUGAGCUGCGUUCACUCCGCCAGGCUGCUCAGAGUCAGGAGAGGACCGUUCAGGGCCUCACAGAGUCCAUCAGUACUAAAGACAGCGAGGCCCAGGAGCUGUACCAUCUGAUUGAAGGACAAAACAACACUCUGUGUAAGCUGCAAGAAUUGGUCCAUCGCAACCAACUUGCUCAAAGCCAGGCUCCAGCAGGGAUGAGCGAGUCCAUAACGCUGGCCCAGCUGCAGAACGAGCUGGUCAGGGUGCAGGGCUCCUUGUUCUCCCUCGGCCUGGAGCUGGAGGCCAGCCAGAGGAGCCUCAGACAGAGCCAAAGGCAAGGAGACGACCUGCUGAAAUUCAAGGAUAGACUCAACUCUGACCUCCAAGAGGUGAUGCAGCACAGGGAGGUCACAGAAAAACACAACCAGGACCUGCGCAACGCCCUUCAGAAAACUCGCUCCGAGCUUCAGAGUAAAGAAGCAGCUCUGAAAGAGUGCGAGGCAGAGAAGUACGCAGCAGCGGAGGAAAAAGACAGGAUCAUCGAACAGCUCAAACACUCCCUGCAGGACAAGGAGCUUCAGCUGCAGGAAUACUCUGAGAUGAUGGAGUCAACAAAAAGCUCCAAACCGAGAGAUGUCCUGCUGGAGAAGCUAAGGGAGCGGAUUAAAGAAAGAGACAGAGCUCUGGAGCGCUCCAUUGAUGACAAGUUCUGCUGUCUGGAGGAACGCGAUGGCCAGCUGAGGAGGCUCCAGCUGGCCCUCAGGGAGAAGGAGCGAGACCUGGAGAGACUCCGCUGCGUCCUGUCCAACAACGAGGAAACCAUCACGAGUCUGGACGCUCUGGUGCGAAGUAAAGAACUGGAGCUGGAGCAGGCGGCGGAAGCCUACAGGAACCUUCAGUGGUUGGAGCAGAAGAGCGUGAAGGAAGAGAAAAACACUCUGAGAGAGAAAGAUGCCAUCAUUAACCAGCUGCAGGCUGCUCUGCAGACAUGCAGCCAGGAGAUGCAGGACCUAACUGCUGCCCUCAGUGCCAGGGUGAAGGCUGGCCCUACUGAGGUUGUGGAAGAGCUUAAAGCUCGUCUGGCUCUUAAAGAGAAGCUCUUCCAGGAGCUGUUGUCAGACCGCAGCCGCCAAACUAAUGAACACCAAGCACAGGUCCAAGAUCUACUCAACACACUCGGCUCCAAAGACCAGUAUCUGCAGGACUACUCCUACAGGCUUUCCUUGGUGAUUAGUGAGCGGACAGGUCAGCAGCAGGAGCUUCGCAGACAGCUGGCACAAACGGAGCAGGAGCUGUGUGAGCUGAGGAGGGACAAGGAGAGAGACACGGGAGGAGAGAUGGAGCACCUACGAAGGCUCCUCAAAGAAAAGGAAUCCUUUAUUAAGGAGCUGAUUCAGGUGCAGGAAGAGGCGGUGCAAAAAGAGGCCGAGGCAGAAAUGAAGGCUCUGAAGGAAGACAUGCAGCUGGUGCUUAAAAAGGAGAUGGAGGCUCAGAAGGAGAUUUCUGAUCUACGCUCUUCUUUGGAGGAAGCAAAAGGCAGCGCUGAUCACCAAUGUGUGCUGGAGCAGCUGGUGUCUGAGUACAACAAGCUGAAUGAGGCCCUGAAGGUUGAGAAAAGAUUAUACCAAAAAUUAACUCGCCAUCACAAGAGUGACGGCUCCGAGAAGAUCCAGACUCUCCAUACCGAGCUAGAUUCUGUUCAGGCACUGCGCGGACAGUUGGAGGAGGUCCUGGGCAGGACCUGUAGCCUGGCCCUGGCACUGGAAAGGGCAGCUAAAAGGCAGCCUGACGUUGGAGAGCUCAGUUCAGAAGAGGAGGGAGAUGAUGAAGAUGGCAGCAGUGAAGAGUUCACGGACAGCAUAGAGGAGGAUGACAGGAGUUUAGACUCAAUUCAGGCUCAAAGAGCUGGAGGUGUGACUGAGGAGCUGGUAAGGGGCUCGUUACUCCGAAAUGCUGACAUAAAACACCUUGAAGAAUCUAAGGAGACGCUUGAAGCCGAGCUCGAAGAAAUCCAGUCCCAGCUGGAAAAGGAUGGAUUCAACUCCUUUGCUGAGAUGAGGUCUGCCCUUCACAGGCUUCAGAAGGAAAAUCAGGUUUUGAGGGAAGAUCUGAGUCCACCUGGAGUGGUGGGCCUGAGUGAAAGCACAGUGAAUAAUUUGAAUCAAGAAAAGGAGGAGGGUGGUGUGGAAGAUGAUGUAGAGGUAGCAUCGCAAGUGGUGUCUGGAAAGCGAGGUCCCCCUUGUCCUAGUCAGAGCAACGAGUCGGGGAAGAGGCUCUGCACGAGGCCGUGCUCCCUGGACCUGACGUCCCACCAAACUCAGGCGAAGGUAGAAUCAUCUAGUGGCAUCAAUGAGGUGGGGGCGCUCUGUCAGGACAUUAAAAAGGGUCUUCAUGAGCAGGCUGCUUGUCUUCUGUCUGACUUAACUCUGAGCUGCAAGGAGAUCCGAGAGCUGCAGGAGAGACUGAUGGUGUCUGAAGCCACGGUCCAGGCUCAGGCUGAGCAGCUGAAGGACCUCAGAGAUCUUCUCACAGAGACAUCGGUCCAACAGGCUAAUAAGCAGGUGCAGGUGGACCUCCAGGAUCUGGGUUACGAGACCUGCGGCCGCAGUGAGAACGAAGCGGAGAGAGAAGACGCCAGCAGUCCAGAGUUUGAUGACUUGGAGAUGUGCACAUCACUGUCCCACCAUCCGAGCUUUGACACUGGCUGGUACUCUGGAAACAGAGGAGCUUGUGAAACAGAGGAUGAGACGGCGUCCCUCCAGCGCCUGGUCCAGGAUCUGCACUCACAGCUGACCCGUUGCCACAAAGUGAUCCGAGGACUGCAACUCCGUGUCCGCUCCUUGUCUACCACGAGCGACUACGCCUCCAGCCUAGAGCGCACCCCUCGGAAGGUUAACUGGGCGUUUGAGAAAUCCCCAGCCCCUAGCGGUGCAGAGGAGGACGAGGGCUGGAUGUCUGACACCCAGGGAGUUCGCUCUGGUUCCAGGCCCAGUAGGGAGCUGCAAGAGCUUAUGGAACGAGUCGCUUCCCUUGAGGCUCAGCUGAAGACCAACAGAAUGGAGGGCAAAGGUCAAGAAGAGGAGGGGAAAUGUGUCACCUGGCCUGGGAAGUACAACUCUUUGAUUCAGGCACAAGCUCGCGAGCUGUCCCACUUGAGGCAGAGGAUGAGAGAGGGGCAGGGUGUCUGCCACAUCCUGACACAACACCUGGGAGAUACCACCAAGGCUUUUGAAGAGCUCCUGCGAGCCAACGAUGUCGAUUACUACAUGGGUCAGAGCUUUAGAGAGCAGCUGGCUCAGAGCAGCGCCCUGGCACAAAGAGUUAUCACCAAGAUAAGUGGACGGGAGCAUGCAGAGAGCCAUGAUGAUAAGACGGGUCAUGAGCUACUUGCCUUAAGGCUGAGCAAGGAACUGCAGAAGAAAGAUAAACUCAUUGAGUCGCUUCACACCAAACUGCAUCAGCAUCCAGAGACCCCGUCCAGCUGCCACGCCCUCUCUGAGACCACUGACCAUUCAGACAGGACCUCCUUGGUGUCUGAUGAGUACCAAACCCAUGAAGACCUGGAGCUGGGAUCAGACUUGGACACCAGAGAGUUUCAGGAGGAGCAGCAGCAAGGACACAUAUCAGAUGUCCCUCCAUUUCUCCAUUCUCAUGGUCUCCUCAAGUCUCCCAGCAGCUGUCCCAACAUGCUUUGCUCAGCCACUCUGGGUCUGAACCCUCAGACAGCUGGAGCACCGUUCAGUGCUCCUGUUUCCUCCCUUUCUGUCCCCUCGCCUGGCCCUGACAUCUGGGGUUAUGACCCCCGGCCCAGGGCCCUGUCUGUGAUCGCUGUUCGCCCAGAGCUGGACACGCUGUACAAACAGAUGCAGACCAGGGGCUUUCCACUUCCCCAUGACCAGACUCUGUUCAGUCUUUCACCUGGUGCUCAUAACCAGCACGAUUUCUCCACCUUCAACCAGCGAUCACAACAUGCCUUUCAACAGUACCAGCUUGGUGGCAUCUCUGAGGGCCACUCUCUUCGCGCCGACUCAGGUCUAAUGUCAGGAAGGCCUUUAUGGGACAUGGAGAACUUUGUUCAGCCAGUUGAAGGGUAUGCCGGCCACCAAACAGGAAGCAGCCAAGCAGGGAUGAGUUUGAUAGAGGAGCACCUGCAGGAAGUGAGGUGUCUCCGUCAGCGCCUGGAGGAGUCCAUCAGAACAAAUGAGAGGCUCCGACAGCAGCUGGAGGAGAAGCUGACUUCUUCUGGACACGAAGGAGGAGCGCCAACAAACAUCUAUAUUCAGGGCCUGGACACAGUCACUCAACUGUCUAAUGAAGUCAGAGUCCUGAAGGAGGAAAACCUCGCUCUACAGUCCCGCCUGCAGGCCAACACAGACACAAACGAGGAGGCGGUGCAGUUGCGAGAGGCGGUGUUUACUGCACACACCCGUCUGAAGCAGGCAGAGCUGGAGGCUGAGCAGUGGAAGGAGGAGCUGCGACGCCUUCAGGCGCACACUCAGGAGCAGGGACAGCAGAUUCACACGCUCAGGCAGGAGCGACAGGCCAGCCAGGACAAAACGAACAGGCUGCAGCAUGAGGUGUCUCUGCUGCAGCAGCAGCUGAGCGAGAGCAGGGAGCUGAUCCACUCCCUGCAGAGUGAACUGCACGUUUAUGACCGAGUGUGUUCGAGCACCAAGGCUAACAAAGGGUACCUGUGUGAGGUGGCGGGUCUUCCGGUGGAGCUGGGGGAGCUGCUGGGGGAGGUGAGGAGUCUGCGAGCGCAGCUGCAAAGCAGCGUACAGGAAAACAGCGCCCUCAAACAGCUGGAGCUCCACAAGCAGCUGGAACAGAAGCUGGGCGUUGGGUCUCCACGGACUCCGUCUCUGUCCGCCCUCACCGCCAGUCCUCAGAGAGAAAACUUCUACAGACGGCAGCUGCUGCACGACCCUGCUCCGUCUCCACCAGUCAGGGACAUUGGUCUGUUUAACUGCGGAUCUCCUGGCCCCCACUACUCAGACCUGGAUGACAGCCAUAGCACUGCAAAUGACCCUCUCGACCCACACUCUGAACUGGAGGGGGAGGCACCAGACGGAUCGUUUGCAAACCGUAACGGUCGCCACGCCAUCGGCCAUGUAGACGACUUCAGCGCUCUGCAGCAGCAAGUCCUGGAGGGCCGAAGUCUUGUCCAGCGCAUGGAGACCACCCUGCAGGCCUACCUUGGCCCACCGCUGCUGGAGGGCAAAGAGACAGAAAGCAAAGAACUGGUUCUGGACUAUGGAUGUGUAAAGAGCCUUCAGUUCAACACCAAAACUCUGAGACAGAUCUUGGAGGAGGCAGCAGCUCUGCUGAAGAUGUUCUGGAGAGCAGCUCUUCCAAGCACUGAUCCCCCCACCCAAAACCUCAAGAAGGAGCAGUGCAUGCAGGAGGAGAUUUUAUCCCUCAAACUGCGAAUAUCUGAGCAAGAAGAGGUUCUCAGGGGGACGGUUCAAAGACUGAGGAACACCAGUCGCACCAAGGAGAGCAUGGAGCACUUCAUAGUCAGCCAGCUAUCAAGGACUCGUGAUGUUUUGAAGAAAGCAAGGACAAAUUUAGAGAGGAAUGAGCUGAGACUUUCCUCACUAAGCUCCUCCCCUUCCUGUCCUUACGCGGAUGAGAACUCAGGAGGUGCUGCCAGAGACCAGCCUGCUGAUCGCAGUGUCCUGAGGACCUGCGGCGCUUCGGGACCCUCGAGGACUGCAGCCAGUCAGCGUCUGGCAGCGAGGAAGCGCAGCAGCCAAUGCCUGCUUUAGACUUUUAAAGAACCAGCCUCAAUGCUAUGACCUCUGACCUCUGUGCUACACCAGCCAAGUCCCUCCACCUACGUUUCCUCCUGUUCCACACACCAACCUUAAAGCUCCAUCAUUUUUCCUCCGUGCAGAUUAAUCUGCACCUUGAGCUUCACCCUCCCACCUGUUUGUGACUCCCUCUCUAAUCUCCAUCUUAUGCAUCGUUGUCUUUUAGUGAAACAGAGAACAGUCAGAAACAGUCAGCAACGUGCCUCGUCACGCGUGCAACAGAGAAUCGACUAAAAAGUGCUUCUGGUGGUUUCAGGGAUGUACGUCCUGCUGAUUGAUCUGUCUUAGCUUCUCAUCCAUGACUGCACUCACAGGGUUUUGUUACAGAAGCUGUCUCUAAUACAGCUGCCUCUGAGAGCAGUCACGCAGAGCUAGACAGGCUGGGGAUGAAAAACGAUGUUUGCGCAUGUUGAAAAUGGCUCGAGAGAGGAAUUCUGCACCCGUAGUUUGAACUGUGCUCACUCAAAGACAACUCACCUGCAUCUUUAACCUCAUGGCUUUUUUUUUUAAAUUAAUUUUUAUUAACACCUUUUUGCAAAUGCAAUGCAAAAAUAGAUUUCAUAAGCUAUCACUGCACACGAUGGAGGAAUGUAGAGUAGUUCGGCUGUGUGCUAGCUGUGUCUGUAUUUAUGGAGGAAGCCGGAGAAGGCAGCCAUCAGCCAAGGUUUAUUAAUAAUUUACCAGUGCCAGAUAAAAGGUUAAGUCUCAAAUCAUUUAUUUUAGGUCUCAGAAGUGUGUUUUUGGCAUCAAGCCGCAAAAGUAUUAAAUAAAAGAAAGAACGUGGAGCCAUUAGAGUGAAGUUUAUGUUAAGAGAACUCAAAUGGAACCAGACUAAACAGACUCCUCUGCAGGAGAUCUCAUAUGAGCAUGUGCAAUAAUGAUGUUUCUUCAGUAAUUUACUCUGCACCGGGUUUUCAUUCUCUCUAUUUAUCCACGGUUUGAUCACAACCAGUGUUAAUGAUUGUACUCGCAUCUCGAGUGUUUAUGCAUGAAAAGAGAUUGUUCGUGAAAACUGAAACGAUGGCGCAGAGAAAUGCCAAAGUUUGAACUUUGAACUCUUCGCUCAGACCUGCCUGAUCCAUGUGAAUGGUAAAAAAAAAAAAAAAAACACCCCCACUGGAUCAACCACAGUUAUAAAUAUGACUUUUUUGUUUAACAGACCUUUAGAACAGAGACGGUGACCGUUAGACAGCUGAUCAGUUGAUUGGAAAUAUUUAUUUGGACCAAAACUCAAAAGAGAGGAUUUAUUUUUCUUUCUAGCGAGGCAAUGUUCUAAUCUCUUAAUGUUAUACAUCUUGGUUUAGAUUGUUUAUUCCCAUGGCAAUGGCUAAAUAAUUAAUAAGUUCAUCCAAACUUUGGCAGGCUGUUUGUCCUAUUUGUUCAGUUCAGCAUCACAUUUAUUCAGUGUUAUUUGUAUGUAUAUGUGCCAUUUUGAGCUGUAAAUAACCUGCUUUCAUGUGCGAGUGUGUCGAUGUGCACGUGUGCGAGUGUGUGUGAGAACAGCCAACGUUUGCUUUUGGUAAAGUUGGUUAUCUGGGUAGCUGUGCAAUAGCUCACUGUUUUUGAUUUUGAUGUAAAACAUUUAUUUUGUGCGUGCGUUUCUCUACCUCCUGCGGUUUAUAGUGAGGAUGAAACACUUUUAAUCAGUUUUUUCACAUGGGUUGUGUCUGAUUAGAACAAACUAUGCUGUUAAAUUAUGCUAAUCAUGUAUCACCUCUUACAAAGUGCUGGUUAAUGUUGCUUCGCUUGACUUGAAAUUUAGCCUGAGCGCUUCGGUCUCUGGUAGAAAUGGCCUUGAUAAAGCUUCUCCUUGAUUUCUGCUGAACGAGGUUUUGUUUACGCUUAAAAAAAAAAAAGGGCAAAAGUUGCCAAGGUGGGUCGGAAAUUGAUGAGAGGUUUUAAAUGAUUUAUUCAAAAAUAAAGGCAGCUUCAGGAAAUGAUUGUAAAGCUCUGAAUCCGCAGAGCACCUUGUUGGAGCGUAAACAAAGCCUUUUUGCUUUUAGGAAAAGAACCAAACGGUGAAUUAUAGCGAUGUGAUGGUGUUGAGUUGCAUAUGUAUAUAGUGCUAUCUGAUUGGUGCAGAUAUUAUUAAGGUGUGCAUAAUGACUCGGGACUCUUCUUGAUCCUGACUUUGGUGUGUUGUAUUGGCAAAAGUAACAGCGAUGGAGAAUUUUGAGAAAGAGCAAAUAAAACACUGGAAAGUAA